GUAGCGGCUAGCAGAAAAACAUCGAUACUAUCGAUAGUGCCCUCGAUGGUUUGACAUCUCUAACUCUUUCUUUUUAGCGUGCUUCUACAAAAUAGCGCUCCAAAAUGACGAUUCGCCCAGCGUACCGGCCCAAGAUCAUCAAGAAGCGCACCAAGCACUUCAUCCGUCACCAGUCGGAUCGCUAUGCUAAGUUGUCGCACAAAUGGCGCAAGCCUAAAGGUAUUGACAACAGAGUGCGUCGUCGCUUCAAGGGCCAGUACUUGAUGCCCAACAUCGGUUACGGUUCCAACAAGCGCACCCGUCAUAUGCUGCCCACUGGCUUCAAGAAAUUCCUGGUGCACAAUGUGCGAGAGCUGGAGGUCCUGCUGAUGCAGAACCGCAUCUACUGCGGUGAGAUCGCUCACGCAGUCUCCUCAAAGAAGCGCAAGGAAAUCGUUGAGCGCGCCAAGCAGCUGUCGAUCCGUCUAACGAAUCCCAAUGGACGUCUGCGUUCUCAAGAGAACGAGUAACCUUAAGAUUGAAGCGCUCUUUGUCGAGUUAUUGUAACGUGAUCGGAAUACAAAUUUGAAACGUUAAAAGUGAAAA